AUGGAAACUAGAAAUGUAAACAAAAAUGCAUUAAGUCGUGAUUUAUUUAUCUAUUUAAAUACUUUAUGAGGAGAAAAAUUGAAAACCGUUCUGCUAAGUAUUUUGAUGUGUGCUGUGAGCCAUGUUCCACUCAUCUCACAUCCACGUUCCCCGGAACCGCCAGCCCGGCGCGCUCCGCACGUUCGUGACAUCCUCGUCGUUCGGACCACCCGAUGGGAAGGAACCGCUACGCAGGGCAAUCCUCUUUUCAACGGUGGCCAUGGUUCUGCUGCUGAUCGGGAGUGUGUUGACCUGGCUAGGUUUUAACGAUGUGUUUGGGGGCCGAGUUUCCAUGACAGGACCGCUUCUCAUCGCACUGGCUCUCCUCCUGCUGCUGUUGUCGGUGCGUCAGUUCAUGAUCGCCAGGAAACACAACAGCCACAACGCCAACAACGUCCAGCUAGGAUCGGUUGCCCCAACGACCCUGACAACGGUUGUGGUGGACCGAAAUGACGGUGUUGGUGCAGUGACGGUUAUCAUGGAUUCAGUUAACAUAGAUCACAGUCCUCAGUCGAGAAUCUAUGCAGACGACUAUGCACCUCCUUCAUACAAUGAGGUCACACGAUGGCAGGGCAUCAACACUGGUGGUGGUCUGCUGUGUGCGACGAUGCCCCAGAACCCGGAUGACCCUCCCCCACCAUACGAGGAUGCGGUGCAGGUACAGGACUGCGGUUCAACCCUCCACUCCUCCCACCACUCGGCCCACUCCUUCAGUGACGAGCCGGCGGGUCUGCCGGGAUACCAGGAGCGCAGCCUGUCCCCCGGGGGUCAGAUGUUCAGUGUUGAUACCAUCUCCCCGCUAGAAACCUUCUCGCCCGGUGUCCAUUCCAGCAAUGUUGUCGUGAUGGCCAGACCCAGCAUUUCAUCGUGUAGAACCACGGGGCAGUGUUCCAGCUCCUGCCCAUCACACUCACUCUCUGCUCAGCCUGACCUGUCGCCAACGAUAGGCAGCGGGGUCCUGCCGCCAGUCUCCACGCAUCACUGGUCGUCAAGGGGACAGUUUUUCCUUAUUCCACAGAUGUUGGGCAUGGUGGCCAGCUCACAGAAGCAGCACAGAGUAGGCGAGGUGCCGCCUGCAUACCAAGCGGUGGACACGCUGGGCAUGUCCCCGAUGUCGUACAGUCAGGCCAUGGGUGUGAGUUCUACAUCGAACACGGCCAGAGGGUCGGCAAACAAGGACCAGGUGUCAGGGUGUCCGCGGCCUGGAGCCCAGGUGGGGCUAGAACCUGACUCUAAGUCACACCAGUCUGUGUGUUCCCCUCCUAGGGAGUGUCCUCGUGGUGAACAGUCACAGAACAAACAUGGCGAGCGUGCGGUGUCAGACAGCCAGACACGGUCAAGUGAAACUCCUCGAAACCGGUGUCAUAUACAGCAGUGUACCCUAGCGACAAACACUCGGCCAGACCCCGAGGAUCCACCUGGGACUUCUAGUGCUGCCAUCAUUGAUGAACUGGAGAACGUAUAGGCAGACUUCUCAGGCAUCUCAAAGUUGAAAACUAAAUUUUGUUUACAUAACGCUCAGGCAUGUCUAAUGUUACACAUCUCAUUUUUCACUUGAGCGUUAAAUUUAGGAAAUCAUGUACAUGGCUGUAAGAGGUUAUGCAAAUUGCAAAUAGGGUCGUUUGCCUGUAAUAGUUUUGUCAAAAUCAUAAAAGAAUGUAUGGAAACUUUCAAUUGUUAGAGACCUGGUUUUAUGAACCAGUUUUGUAAGUUGCAACAUUCAUGUGCCACAGAAUGCUUAACACGUCAUAGUUUGACUGAUUGUUGUUUUGCUCUCUAAUUUGUGUGUCCUUUAAUGUUGUGAUUAAUAUUGCAGAAAAUUUAUAAUACUGUAUUUUUGGUUCAUAAUGAUUUUUUUAGCAAUUAUUUGCAAGUUAAUUGUGCUAUUUCAUGAUAUAUUUUUGAACUACAUAUUUUUACCAUACUAUUUUGAGUACAUGCUGUUGUAUUUUUGCAAACUAUGAAUGCUGUUCUUUGCUUAAUGUUAGCAGGUGUGGCAAGUGACACCAUUGUAGCAUUUAUUAUAUUAAUUAUACUACAUGCACAGUGUGUAGAAAAUAUAUUUUUAACAAAACUUAAAGAUAAAAUGUCUCAUUUUUCUAUAAAUAGGUAUCUGAUAGCACAUUUUCUGUUCAGUUUAACCUCACUUUUCACCAAAGGCAUUGUCCAAUUUUCCAAAUCAUUUGAUUGGCUAUUGGAAUGUUUGAACCAGUCGUGAAAUAAGGGGGUUCCCAUUGAUUUGAGGUCAGUUGAAGUAUUCAUGAAAAGAAAAAUCAAUCUCACGUUUUCUACACUUUUAAUUUGUUGUUAACUUAAAAUGUGGCAGUCAUGUACUUUACUUCAAAAUGCAGUCUUGAAUUUUUACAAUUCUUGGCAAUAUUUCAGCAUUCAGGCAUAUAUUUUGUCUUUUUGUUGUAUGUUAAUCUAACGUAAAAUGAAUACAGACUUCUGUACUGUAAUCAAUGCAGUACAAUACAAUCUUUAUUGCAAUCAUUGUAUGUUUACACUGGUUAAGGGGAUAGGUUCCCAUUAAAAAGGCCCCUCAAAACAACCAAACAUAUUAUCAGGAAAUGUGUAAUGAUAGGUGCAUACUUGACAAAGCUAUCUAAUAUCUUUAUUUUAGUGUAUGCCAGUCAGUUUUUGUGUCACCUCAGAAAAGUAAAAAUACAAAAUAUACUGAGUUACGUUUCCAACAGCAACAUUUUCAGCUUUAUCAUUAGCUCUGUGUUGAGGUUUUGCAUUCAGCAGCAUUUGUCACAAUAUGUGAGGUCCUAAAUCAAUGAAAAUAGUAUCUGGCCAAGUCAGUUGCUUAUGGACCACAAAUGGUGAAGGAAGAAUGUUUACAAAUCUCCAAUAGGGGCACAAUAUUUAAUGUCAUCGUCCUGUUUCUAUGUUGAUUACGCAAAUGUAAGUUAAAACGAACCGCCAAUGAGUUACGUGGUGAACACUUGCUCAAUGCAAGUUUGAGAUCAUGGAUUAGGUAACUGACUGGUCAUGCAAAUAUAAACCAAACUUUCAGUUACCUGUUGUAAAAUCUCAUGAACAGACUUGGGUCAGUGAAGAUUUUGGACUACUGUCUGUUGCAAAUAAUAAAGUGUUGUCUCAUUAAAGGGUGCAAUGUAGGUCAGUUGGACAGCACUCCGAGAUGGAUUAUACAAUUGAUCCUUCUCUGUGGACUCCCCCCCCCCCCCCCCCCCCCCCCAUUCCAUCAAGUACCAUCACGUUUAGCAAAAGUGGUGGUAUGUGCUAUGCUGUCUGGGAAAGAGUAUAUUAAAGAUCCCUUUGUUAUGGUAGGAGUAAUUUGUUGGUGGCAUUUUCCUCUCUUACCAUAGAGACGUUCAAUAACCAGACAUCAUAUGGGAUUAUUUUUCUAAUGUACUCACAAAUUGGUAUUUAACAUUCCUUUAUCUUAUCUUUUCAUAAGGUUAUUAAAAAUAUGUUUUCUUUAUCUUUAAUUUUGUUAUUAGCACAUUAAGAUGUGCCAAGACAUUUUUGUUAUAUCCAAGAGGUAAAUAAAAUCUGAAUUUUGUUAAACAUGUAUAUUCGGAUUAUUAUACUGGUAGAUAUUAUGUUGUAUUGUACAUGUUAGUGGCCAGCAAUAUCUUUACGCAGUAUGUCGCUAUGCUGCUUGUUGAUGCUUGUAUUUACCGUUAGUGUCAGUAUUAUACAGGAUGUAGCCAGUUCUCGUGUAAUUUACCAAUGCCAGGAUUUUACUCGCUGGUAAUCAAUAGUCAUGUCAUAACCUGGUCGUUUUGCAAUAUAUUAUUGCUAUGGUGCAUGAUUUUGUAUGUGUUGCAAUAAUUGCUUAUUGUUGAUUAUUGAUAUUAUUUAAAGUAGCCAAUAAUGAUAUAUGUAAAAAUAUAUAUUGAUGGGUUUUUGCAAUUUAUUUAAGGCAUCCAAUAAUUAUAAUGAACAGGUAUUCAAAUUACUGAUACUGCAGAGACUAUAUAUUUACCAUGUAUUUAUUUGUUGACAUUACUGAUUGCAGUAAUGAAAUAAUUACCAGGUAUUUCAACAUUUAAAUCAUUGACUGCAGUAAUUAUGUAAUUACCAGGUAUUUAUACACUUAAAUUACUUACUGCAGUAAUUAUGUAAUUACCAGGUAUUUAUACAUUUAAAUUGCUUACUGCAGUAAUUAUGUAAUUACCAGGUAUUUCUGUAUUUAAAUUACUGACUACAGCAAUAUAUUACCAGGUAUGUUUAUAUAAAUUUAAAUAACUGACUGCAGUAAAUAUGUAAUUACUAGUAUCAGGUAUUUUUAUGUUUAAAUUACUGACUUCAGUAAUUAUGUAAUUACCAAGUAUUUAUACAUUUAAAUUACUGAAAUCAGUAAUUAUGUAAUUACCAGGCAUUUCAACAUUUAAAUUUCUGACCACAGUAAGUAUAUCAUUAACAGGUAUUUUUACAUUUAUAUUACUAAGUGCAGCAAUUAUUUAUUCCUACAAUCAAAUUACUGACUGCAGUAACUAUAUAAUUACUAUGUAUUUCUACAUUUAAAUUAUUAACUACAGUAAUUAUGUAAUUAUUAUGUAUUUUUACAUUAAAAUUACUGACUGCAGUAAUUUCAGAAUUACCAGGUAUUUCCAUAUUUAAAGUUCUGAUAGUCUUUGCAAUAAUUAUAUAAUUAUAUAUCUACAUUUAAAUGACUGACUUCAGUAACUAUGUAACUACCCGGUGUUUCUAGAUUUAGAUGACUGACUUCAGUAACUAUGUAACUACCAGUUGUUUCUAGAUUUAAAUGACUAACUUCACUAACUAUGUAACUACCAGGUGUUUCUAGAUUUAAAUGACUGACUUCAGUAACUAUGUAACUACCAGGUGUAUCUAGAUUUAAAUGACUUGACUUCAGUAACUAUGUAACUACCAGGUGUUUCUAGAUUUAAGUUACUGACUUCAGUAACUAUGUAACUACCAGGUGUUUCUAGAUUUAAGUUACUGACUUCAGUAACUAUGUAACUACCAGGUGUUUCUAGAUUUAAAUGACUGACUUCAGUAACUAUAUAACUACCAGGUGUUUCUAGAUUUAUAUUCCUGAGCCCGUAUUUUUGAAGUCAUCUUAGCUACGAUAUGUCCUAAAUCCGUCAUAAGUGACUGCGGCAAAUGUCGUAGCAUAUUUUAGAAAUUGCUGUAACUCCAAAAUAUCGUUAAUAUAUCGUAGAUCCUACAACAGGACUAGAAACCAAUCUCAGAUCUGACACCUUACUUCUUAUUUCACAAUAAUGACAAAGAUACAGCUCCCCAGUUUUGUAAACUUGACGUUUUUUACCGUCAAAACUUUAAAACAGUGUAUUCAAACCGUAACCUUUGACUGUUAAGCCACCUAUUUCAAAACAUUUACCAGUCGAUAUAAUAGGGCCUGAUUGGUGUUGUUGAAGAACGCACAAAUGAGGCUUUUCAAUGUGAAAUGCACCUAAAUAAUGUAUCGGAAAGAUCAACUAAAAGAAAUAUUACUGAAGUUAACCCAAUUGACGAAUUUUCACUAUUUACAGUAAUAAAAAAUAGACAUGAAAUUUUUCCAAAAUUAAUAUUUGAAAUGACUUACUGGUACAUGGAAAAUGUAAAGAUUUUCUUUAUAAAUAAAAUAUAAUAUUUAUACUGCAUUAUUAAGAUAGUAAAAUAUGUUGGGUGACAACCUUAGGACCUUUCAAAUAUUACGUAACAUUCGAAGGGGAUGGGUGGAUGUAGGUACAAACGUUAUGUAGCGUUACAUGGGAUGAGUGGGUGUACUGAACAACAUUACGUAAUGCACUUUUUUAUUACUAAAAUAUUUUGUUUGUUUGUUUAUGUUUUGGUUUUUUCUUUUCAUAAACACUGUCACGGCAACAGUGUUUAACAUCGGUAGUUACAGCUCUAGUUCUUUUACAGGGAACACCUUUUUUCAUACUAUGCAAUUUACUACAAUUUCUUUCUUUCUAAGUGAUUGUUUUCCAAACUGCACACAAAAAUAGUAACUUCUUUUUUAAAACUCCAAAACACUUUUACUUUUCUUCUUAUAUCAAACCAAACUGAAAUUAUUUAUAAAAAACCCCCAACAUUUUUGUAGGAGGAUGGGACAAACUAUAGAUGUAAACAUAUGAUGAUUAUAAACUGAGUUGAAAUACAUGCAUAUCUGCGCCAUUGGAGUAGCCAGGAUUUUAUAUUGGGGGUGGGGGGUGGUGGGGUAAUACAUAUAGGGCUUCUGGAUUAUGGUAGCCCCACUCCCCUGGCUAGUGAUAUUCAGUGUUG